AUGGCCCAAGACGAACUGGAAGAGAUAAAUGGCUUCAAGCCCAAGAUAUGGCUCGAAGACGGGAUGGAGCAUGAAGUCGGCUCAGCGUCGAGUAAAGCGGUCUAUAAAAUAAAGAGGACCAUGGACCAUUAUUACUGCAACUGCCCCGCAUGGCGUAACCAGAAAGGAGCACCGGUGAAUGCUCGUUCAUGCAAACAUAUCAAGAGCCUCUUGGGUGAAGCGUACGAGAAUGCACGCUUAGCAAUGAAAAACCCCGCCGGAGCUGCAGCUACACAAGAGAAAAAGCCCCCUACGAAGAAGGCGCCCGCGAAGGCACCAGCGGACAAGAAAGCCCCAGCAAAGAAGGUACCCGCGAAGCGUAAGAAGGCUGAUGAGGACGAAGAGGAGGAGGAGGAGGAGGUUGAAGAACAAAAGCCGAAGAAGAAGCCCACGGCUAAGGCUCUACCCAAAUUGAAAGGCAAGGCUCCUGUAAAACGUAAGAAAGUAGCAGAUGACGACGACGAUGACGAAGAUGAUGAUGAGGCAGAAGACGACGACGACGUAGAGGAAGAAGAGGAGGACGAGGAGGAGGAGAAGCCCAAACGGAAACCCGCAUCCAAAGCUAAGCCUGCGUCCAAGGCCAAACCUGCGUCCAAGGCCAAACCCACAUCCAAGGCCAAACCCGCAUCCAAAGCCAAACCCGCGUCCAAGGCUGUAGUCAAGGACGAAGACGCCAUGGACAUUGACUCCGCACCGACUGGGGAUGGCGGUGACGACGAGCUUGCCUCAAUCAAUGGCAUCAAGCCGCUUGUAUGGAUCCCACAGGGUGAGGAAAGGGAAGUCGGCUCUGCUUCAAGUAAAUCCGUGUACAAGGUCAAACACACCAUGGACCAUUUUUAUUGCACGUGUCCCGCAUGGCGCAAUCAGAGCGGUCGCCCUGUCAACGCGCGGUCGUGCAAGCACAUCAAGUCCCUUCUAGGCGAAGAGUACGAAGAAGCCCGUAUUCAGCUCAAAGACCCAGAUGGGGCUGUAGCAGGCGCCGGAAAGGGGAAAGCCGCAUCCAAAGGUAAACUCGUGUCCAAAGCUACACCCGCAUCCGAGGCUAAACCAGCCUCUAAAGCUAAACCUGCCUCUAAAGCUAAACCUGCCUCUAAAACUAAACCUGCCUCCAAAGCUAAACCUGAAAGCAAAGCGAAGACAACGGUUCAAACCAAGGCGGGUGGGAAACGCAAGAAACCCGACUCGGAUGAGGAUGAAGAAGAUCGGGAUGAAGAAGAGCAACAGUCAGAGGAAGAAGAGUCUAAGGUUCCUGCGAAGAAGGCUAGAAUUUCUCCUGUCAAGGAAGAUGACGAGGAUGAGGAUGCCUCUGAGGACGAAGACGGCGAUGAGGAGAUAGGUGCUGUGGAUGGCGAUGACCUUGCUGAGAUCUCUGGUGUCAAACCAAAGGUUCUCCUCGCGGACGGUGAGGAGAGAGAGGUAAAAUCACAGACUUCGAAUUCAGUGUACAAAAUCAAGCGGACUUGGGACCACUUUUACUGUACCUGCCCGGCUUGGCGUAACCAGGUUUGCCUCGACUCUUUCCUAUUCUUCCAGAGCUCUAACUUCUGGUCCCCGCAGGGUGGUGCCCCCGUGAACGCCCGGACAUGCAAACACCUCCAGUCCUUCCUCGGCGCCGACUACGAAGCCGCCCGCUUGAAAUACCGCAACCCAGACGGACCUGCUCCAAAAGCUGCCAAGAAAGCCGCCGGCAAACGUAAGAAAGCGGAUGAUGAAGACGGGGAGGAAGAAGGUGGAUCAAGCGGAAAGACGGUGCCUGGACUCUUACUUGCCAAUAAGUGGGAUAUUGAGACGGGCCCAGAUCCCACGGGUUGGUUGAUUUCGGAGAAGUUGGAUGGUGUUCGAACUUUCUAUGAUGGGAAACAGAUGAUCAGUAGACUAGGAAAUCCAUUCACCCCUCCACAAUGGUUCCUUGAUAAACUUCCCAAGGACGUCACCCUCGACGGCGAGCUUUUCGGUGGUCGUGGGCAAUUCCAGUCCACAGUGUCAAUCGUAAAGACGAUCAAUUCUCCCCACUGGAAGAAUAUCACUUUCCAGAUCUUUGAUGUUCCCUCUCGCGGAACUGAUACUUUUGAAGACCGACUCUCCUGGCUGCAAAAGACUUUCGGCGAGGGCGGAACCCACGCUGUUGAACAAAUCGCGGUUGUCGAGCAUGAAGCAGCUCAGAGCAGGGAACACGUGCUCCAGAAGCUCAAAGAGGUGGAGACCUUGGGUGGGGAAGGACUAAUGCUGAGGCAGCCGGGGUCACAAUAUGAGGGUCAACGAUCCGGGACAUUGCUGAAGAUCAAAACAUUCUAUGAUGCAGAAGCCAUUGUCACUGGGUACAUGCCUGGUAAAGGACGCAACGAUGGUACCACAGGCGCUCUCAAAUGCAAAAUGGCUUCAGGCAAGACCUUCAAUGUUGGCACGGGCUUGAGCGACAAGCAGCGUAGGAAUCCGCCCAAGGUUGGGGCUAUCAUCGUUUAUCGCUUCCAGGAACUUACACGGGAUGGAGUUCCAAGAUUCCCUUCAUAUAUAGGGGAAGCGGCUGAUAAAGACGUCCCGAAGGAUGCUGAGAUUCCGGAACAUCGGAAGGCUGGUGCUAACUCUGCGGAAGCGUAGGCUGCUGUUAUACUUACCUCUGACACUGGCGCGGACUUAAUUUUUAAAUAAAUAAAUAAAUUUGCUUAUCGCACUC